AUGGCGCCCAGUAUGUCGCUGCACAGCGUCGUCGCAAUCCUCAUCCUCACCACCGACUCUCCGCCGGACACGGCCAGACUGUUUGCCAAAUACUACACCCCGCCUCACACCAAUGCCACACAGCAGCCUACACAGACGUCGCAGCAGCCGUAUACGGGCCUAAAAGAGCAAAAAGCGUUCGAGAAAGGUCUUCUAGAGAAAACUGCCAAACAAACCUCGGAUGUGAUUCUUUACGACAACAAAGUUGUGGUGUUCAAGAUGGAGAGCGACGUGAUGCUGUAUGUUGUGGGCAGCGCCGAGGAGAAUGAGAUCUUACUAUACAAUGUUGUGCUGGCACUGAGAGACACAUUAAGCAUUCUGCUCAAGAACUCAACAGACAAGCGCACAAUAAUGGAGAACUACGACCUGGUGACACUGGCGAUUGAUGAGAUUGUGGAUGACGGCAUCGUAUUGGAGACCGAUCCGGUCAUGGUGGCUUCGAGGGUCUCGAAAGCACCGGCACAGGACGCGCCAAACAUGAAGAACAUCGACUUGAGCGAGCAAGGCAUACAGAAUUUGUGGGAGUUUGGCAAGAAGCAGGGCAUGGAGUUUGUGCGGCGGAAUCUAUAA